UUACAUUUAGGAGGAAAAAGGUUGAAAAAUAAUAAGAUAUAAGACGUUGUACUAUAAAUUGCCCGUCAACAGCUUUUGGAAACUGGCAAGGAUGUUUGAGUAGCGUUAGCAUAAAAAUUUUCAUUUUUACUCCGGGGAAAAGUGAAGUCGAUAAGACGGCUCAAUCAUAUGGCGAACCACGCCUCUCGUCCGGCCACCAGUCCAGGUCGGUAAAUAGAAAUACUUUGCCAGGUAUCUGUUUCGAGUGCAUGGACUUGAUGGUGGAGGAAGCCGCAGCGGGACUCACGCAGAGUAACAAGGAGUGCGUGUUUCCUGAUGCCUAGUACGGUGAGCCAACUGUCGGGAGUUGAGGGAAGAUGUUUGCCAGUGCACUGAAAUUUGAAUCUACGUGUGACAACACAAAAUAUUCCCCUAAAACAUGCUCUGUAGAAGAUUUAUAUAUAACGACACUCAGACUCUUAUGCAACGAGGAUGAAGCUUCAAUUAGUUCUAAGUUUUCUUGCGAUGGCAACCUUACGUGAGAUUGCAGGAUACAAAGUUUGUGGUGACAACUCGUACAAACCGGAGACCGCCAAAGCAAUCGCAGAAGUAAUCGACCGUUUAAUGGCGAUGAGAAAUACAGAUUGGAACUGGAAAUAUAUUCAUUCUCCAAUGCUAAUUCAACUGAAUGGUCCAGACAAGUUUUAUGAAAAAGAAAAGACAGUUGAUGCCAUAAGAAUAAAGUUGGAGACGGAGGCCGAUAAAAUGUCCUUGGAAGACUUAGCACUGCAUACAGUGACUGUGAAAGGACUUUGCAAAAACAACACGGAUUUUUUUGGAAUGGAUCUAACAGAGAUGUUGAAACAAAGAAUGAAACAACAGUUUGGUUAUAAAGUUAAAGUACCGAAAGAAGGAAUCGCCGCAUUCUCCAUAGCGAUGUCAAUACUUUGCAUAUCCGAUGUCCCAGUGGGAAGAUAUUUUAUCAACAAAUGGCUCGCUAAUCAGAAUGAAGACGGAAGUUUUGGAGAAGGGAGAAACAAAAUUGAAACAACGAUCUUCACUUUACAUCCGUCAAAUUGCCUCUCGAAAGAUCAGUACCAGAAAUCUAUGGCUAGACGACUUAGGAGGGUCGAGGAAAAGAUACGAAACUUCUUGAUAUCGCAUAUAAAGUCGAACUAUAAAAAUGGGACUUUUACCGGAAAACCGCUUACUGGCCUCCUAGCAGUCACGACAAUGGCCCAAACGCCAUCACCGGGAGAAGAUACAGAGACGUGGAAAUGUCGGGAGUUGAUGAGCACCAUCGGCGUAACACCAACCCACGUACGAGUCUGAGAUGGCGUUGGUUAUGCGCCUUAUUCGAAUAUCGGGACGCGGAUUCGGCCACUAUAAACAUCCAAGCUGGAAGUGCCCAGACCAAGUACCAACUCCAUCUGGUUAUCGACCAAAGUGCCAACCAGAUAAACCAGGAACGUGUGGCAUGUUAUCGAUCGGUAGAUCGGCACCGAGAAUGGAGUUUCCGGGUUUCAUACCACCGGGAAUGACUCGCCCAGUCGGGGUACCAUCAGAAAUUAUUAUUCCACAAGAUCCUUGGCUGGACGACACCAUGGACGGAGAAACGCCCGCAUAAAAUAUGAAAAAACAUGGUUUCGGUCAUUACCCAAACGAAACUUGAAGAAAACUGUUCAUGAUUCAUAAUGGCAUAAUGAAAAUAAAUUGCUGUGGAAAUUCGUAACGUCUAAUCUAGAGUAGAUACAUAAAAAAUAUUGCAACAAUACUAUCCAAAAAAGUAACCGUGCAUUUUGAUGGUAUUUUGACGGUACACAUUAUUUGUCUGGUGACCGACUUCGAUCACAUUGCCAUCUCUAUACAUCUAUGCCAAAAUCAACUGUAUGGUACUUUGCUGCUCGAUGGACCUUUUCCCGACCUUUGACCCCUGAAAAAUUCUUCCUAUACUUUAUCAUUGCAAAAUUUUCGGGGCUAUUUUAAGAGUGCUUUUGCGAGUUGGCGUCUGUAAAAUGGGGUAUGUG